UGUUUGUGACUCUGCAGUUGUAACAUUUAAGUUAGUGUCAGUGUGUUGGUGAAUUGACUAGUGUAAUAUUGCUGGCUGGCUAACCAGUGUUAGCUCGCUAGUUGAGUUGAGAUAAGCAAUCACGUGACUGAGGAUUUCUGACCGCUUGGGAAGGCCCUUCAUGCAGCUUGACCGUUUUUAAAGUUUUAUAGCUAAACUCUGUGAUCUGCACGUAUAUUUGAAAACAGUGGUCUACAAGAUAAAGACUGCGGAGGACGCAGUUUGGAUUUGACACUAUGAAGAAUUAUGAUGAUACCACAGCGUUCCUGGGUCAGUGGGGACGUUUCCAGCAGAUUGUCUUCUUCAUGCUCUGUGCCAGCAUCUUUCCCAAUGGAUUUGGUGCUCUCUCUGUUGUCUUUGUGACCGACAUUCCCAGACACCACUGCCUGGUUCCUGAGGUCAACCUGACCCAAGAUUGGCACAAUGCCAUCAUCCCGUUGGAGGUGGUGAAUGGAAAACAGGAGCUGAGCAGGUGCAGCAGGUACAGGCUGGAUGUGGUCAGAAAUCUCUCGGCUCAGGGAUUCAUUCCAGGCAGAGAUGUCAACCUCACCGACCUGGAGCAGGAGGGCUGUGUGGACGGGUGGAGCUACAGCACCAACAUCUACCAAUCUACCAUAGUCUCUGAGUUUGACCUGGUGUGCAGUGAGCAGUGGAAGCAGCCGUUUACCUCUACAGUUUUCUUCUUGGGAGUUCUUUUUGGAUCCUUCUUCUCAGGGCAGCUCUCAGACAGGUUUGGGAGAAAGCCUGUUCUCUUUUUAACCAUGGCAGUCCAGACAAUUUUUACCUUUGCUGAAAUCUUUUCACCUUCUUGGACGGUGUUCUCCAUCCUCUUCUUCAUCAAUGGUCUGGGACAGUGCUCCAACUAUGUAUCUGCUUUUGUGCUGGGUACUGAAAUCUUGACUGGAGAUGUGCGGGUCCUGUUCUCAUCUAUGGGUGUAGGUCUGGGCUUUGUUUUCGGCUACAUGAUGCUGCCUCUCUUUGCUUACUGUUUUAGAGCCUGGAAAUCUCUCCUGUUGGCUCUGUCUGUGCCUGGCCUGCUCUACCCCACCCUCUGGUGGUUCAUCCCGGAAUCUCCUCGGUGGCUACUCUCUCAGGGAAGAGUGGAGGAGGCCGAGGCCAUAGUGAGAAAGGCUGCUACGAAGAACAAAGUUGAGGCUCCACGGGUCAUCUUUGAAGAUUACAGUGCACAUGCUGAUGAGACAAAGAAACACCCAAAGGAACACUACAAUGUCUUCAGCCUGCUGAGGACAAGAAACUUGAGAAACACAACUGUCAUUCUGUGCCUGGUGUGGUUCGCUCUGAGUAUUGGAUACUUUGCCCUGUCCCUGAACACAUCCCGACUUCAUGCCGAUCCUUAUAUCAGCUGCUUCAUCUCAGCAGCUGUAGAGGUACCAGCAUACAUUUCCAGCUGGCUGGUGAUGAGAUACCUACCAAGACGACUGUCUGCCAUCUGUAUCUUGCUCCUUGUCGGAGGGUCACUGUACUUCAUUCAACUGGUGCCUCAAAGUUUAUCAAAUCUGUCUGUUGCUCUGGAGAUGCUGGGUAAAUUUGGUAUCACCACUGGUACAGCCCUGAUGUUUGCCUACACUGCAGAGCUUUACCCAACAGUACUCAGGAACACAGCAACAGGCACAUGCACUACUGUUUCCAGAGUGGGCAGCUGCAUUUCACCUUUUUUGUUACAGCUGAGUAUAUACUUUAAGUACCUGCCUUAUAUUACAUUAGGGACUCUGGCUGUUGUGUCUGCUUUUGCCACUCUCUUCCUUCCUGAGAGUUUUGGAAGACCUCUACCUGAAACUAUACAACAGAUGCAUAAGAGAGAAAGGUGGGUUCCUAGCAUAAAGUGCCCAUUCAUCACCAGAAAAGAACAUUCAAAACCUGUGGUGCUCCUUGAAAGUCAACUCUUACAACUUACAUGAAUGAGUUAUAAUAAAUAUUGUUACUGAGUAUCACUCCUACUGUUUACUUACCUAAAUUCUUAAUCAAAAUGUUUAUCAGUAAAUUUCAGUCACUACAAGUGGAUUUAAUCACCUUUUAGUAAGAAUUGAAAUUAGAAUUUAAAGCUUGAGUUAUACAUGUAAUUGAACAUAUGACAAUUUUGGAGUAAAUUAAAUUGUGCUUGAACUCUGAGCAUGUUAUCUUGAAUCACAAAGAUGUAUAUGAAAUAUUCACUAGAAGUGUGAAAUGUGAAGCUAAAGGUGCAGUUGUAUGAUCAAACUGUAAACAGGCUACUGGUUCUGAUUAAAACUUUGUUUUAUGUAUA